AUGGCUCAGGCCUUCAGCGAGAAGGUGCGCAGCGGCGGCUUCGUGGGAUACACGGGCAAGCCUUUGACGGACGUGCUCUGCAUCGGCAUCGGCGGCUCUUACCUGGCGGUGGAGUUUGUGCAUGAGGCCCUGCGCACCGACCCCACGGGCGCCGCCAGCUCCAAGGGCCGGCAGCUCCGGUUCUUGGCCAACGUGGACCCCAUCGACGUGAAGCGCGCCCUGGCUGGCCUGAAAGCAGAGACAACUCUGGUGAUCGUCAUCUCCAAGACCUUCACAACUGCGGAGACCAUGCUGAAUGCGAGAACGGUGAAGAGUUGGCUGGUGAAGGAGUUGGGCUCUGAGCAGGCCAUCGCCAAGCACGUGGCGGCCUGCUCCACCGCCUUAGCCACUGGAAUCCAACGAGUGGAGACGUUGGACAAGACCAAAGCCUUCGGCAUCGACUCGGAGAACGUCUUCGGGUUUUGGGAUUGGGUAGGCGGCCGCUUCUCAGUCUGCAGUGCUGUGGGCGUCGUUCCGUUGUCCCUUCAGUACGGCUUCGAGGUGGUGCAGAAGUUCCUCAGCGGCGCCCGUGCCAUGGACGUGCACUUCCAAACCGCGCCCCUGGAGAAGAACCUGCCGACGAUCUUGGGGCUGCUGGCAGUUUGGAAUGCCUCCUGCCUGGGCUACGAGGGCUGCGCCGUGCUGCCUUACUGCCAGGCGUUGGUGCGCUUUGUGGCGCAUAUCCAACAGCUGGACAUGGAGAGCAACGGCAAGCGCGUGCAGAUGGACGGCAAGGAAUGCACAGUGCCCACAGGUGCGAUCUACUUCGGGGAGCCGGGCACCAAUGGCCAGCACUCCUUCUACCAGCUCAUGCACCAAGGCCGAGUGAUUCCGGCAGACUUCAUCGGCUUUAAGACCUCCCAGAAUCCCAUCAGCUUGGAUGGUGAGCCGGUGUCCAACCACGACGAGCUCAUGUCCAACUUCUUUGCGCAGCCGGACGCCUUGGCCCUGGGCAAAACUGCCGAGGAGCUCAAGGCGAGUGGAUUGAGUGGUCCUGGCUUGAGGCACAAGGUCUUCAGCGGGGACCGGCCCUCCAAUUCCCUGCUCCUGCCGGUCUGCGAUCCGUACAACCUCGGUCUGUUGCUGUCCUUGUACGAGCAUCGCACUGCUGUGCAGGGCUGGGUUUGGAACGUGAACUCCUUCGACCAGUGGGGCGUGGAGCUGGGUAAGGUCCUAGGCGUGAAGGUGCGCAAGUACCUCUCCGCGGCACGGAAAGGUGAGGCGGACGCAUCUGGUUUCCAGAAGCCGACCCAGCCGCUAAGCAACGAGCGAACGCCCGCGAGAACGAGCGCGAAGUCCAGGAUUGAGAUGAUCCGGGCCCGGGAGAUCUUCGAUUCUCGGGGGAACCCCACGGUGGAGGUUGACCUCUGCACCGCCUCGGCGCUCUUCCGCGCCGCCGUGCCCAGCGGCGCCUCCACCGGCGUCUACGAGGCUUUGGAGCUGCGGGACGGCGACAAGAACCGGCUCCUGGGGAAAGGCGUCCUCAAGGCAGUGGCCAACAUCAACGACAUCAUCGGCCCCAAGCUGAUCGGCCUGAAAGUCACCGACCAGGUAGCCAUUGACAAGCUCAUGGUGGAGGAGAUGGACGGCUCCAAGAACGAGUGGGGCUGGUCCAAGUCCAAGCUGGGCGCCAACGCGAUUCUGGCGGCCGGCGGGCCCAGGGGGCUGGUGGCAGAAGACCUUCCCGAGGUGUCUAUGGCAAUCUGCCGGGCGGGUGCUGCUGCGAAGGGCGUGCCACUCUAUCAGUACAUCGCCAUGCUGGCGGGCAAGCCCACGGAUCGGUUCGUGAUGCCGGCCGCCUGGCAGCAAGUGCCCUCCUUCAACGUGAUCAACGGCGGAAGUCACGCGGGCAACCGCCUGGCGUGCCAGGAGUUCAUGAUCCUCCCAACAGGCGCGGCCUCCUUCCGGAACGCCAUGGAGAUCGGCGCGGAGGUGUAUCACACCUUGAAGGGGGUCAUCAAAAAGAAGUACGGCCAGGACGCCUGCAACGUGGGGGAUGAAGGAGGCUUUGCGCCGAACGUGCAAGACAACAACGAAGCUUUGGAUGUCCUGAUGGAGGCGAUCAAGAAGUCUGGACACGAGGGCAAGGUAAAGAUCGGCACGGAUGUUGCGGCAUCAGAGUUCUGGAGGCCGGGCUCGACUGGUCCGAGUCCCGGGUGA